ACCGACCCGGAAGCGACCGUCAGCGUAAACACAGCUGCGACUUCUCGAACAUGGUUUACGUGUCCAACGGUCAGGUCCUGGACAGCAGGGCGCAGUCACCAUGGAGACUUUCAUUACUGGUUGAUCUCUUCUGGUCAGCAGUUGAAUUUUUCAGCCUCUUUUUUAAGACAAUGAUUCACCCCGACUUAUCAAAGGACGGGACCACCGCUUCAUCACGCUUCACUGAUGGCAGAGGCCCUCCUGGUCCCCCUGGUGGUAGAAGACGAAUGGGAAGAAUAGUCCAUGGUGCAGGUCCCACUCCUCCCCCAAUGGGUGGAGGAGGAUGAGGAAGGUGA